AUGAGUAGUUUAGUUAAAAAUCAAUCCUCCCCUUAGAUUAACUUUAAGAAGCUGAUUAAGAAACUUAUAAUGAAAAUGAAUAGAGAGUUAGAUAAAAAUUAGGAAGAAGCAGCAUAUCAUAUAAAUCGAGGCGCUCUAGCUUGUUUUACUACGUUAUGCAACACCUUGAGUAUAAACAACAGAGUGAUGUAAGUCUUGAUAUUCUAAUUAGUGAAGUGAAUUUAUCAGGAUGCAACAUUAAUGUAUAUUACGCAAUUGAGAUUAGUGGCUUAAUAUAAAAAAACACAAAUAUAUAAAUAUUAAACUUAGGGAGCUGUUUGAUCAAUUCUUUUGGACUAAGUUGUAUAUUCAGAGCAGUAUCAAUAUUAUAUAAUUAAACCAGUUGAUCGACCAUUCAGGAUUGAAGAUCCUAAAUUUGUUUAACAAUUAAGCAUUCACAACUGCGAUAGUCCAAGAUUUUUGUAGAUAUGUUUUAUGCGGAAAGAACUAAUUAUAGGAGAUAAAUUUAUCUCAUUGCAACAUUCAAAACUCUUUAUUAGCCUAAAUAAUGGAUAAAACUCAUUAUUUAAGUUCAUUGAGGUAUUAAAUACUGCCCAUUAUUUAGACGCUUAAAAUUACCCUUGAUGAGUUUGAAUUCAGAAGGAAUCUUCGCCUUAUCAAGCAUGAUGCUCAAUUACACAGGUAAACUCAAUUUGGAUUACUUGGAUAUUUCAUACAAUCAAAUUAAAAAUGAAGGGAUCGAAUUAUUAGCUAAAGGGUUGUUCAUGUCAGUUCGAUUAAUUAAAAUCAAAUCAUUGAAUUUGAAUGGAAAUCAUAUUUCUUAGACAGAAUUUUUGGAAUAAAUAAUAAUGAAGAUACAAUUAGAGGAACUGCAUUUAGCUCAUAAUUAAUUAGUUGAAUUCUAAAAUCAAUAAGUUCUCAAUUUGAAAUUAUUAAGAAUAGACUUAUCCCAUAAUAGAAUUGAAGAAAUACCUAACAACUUUUUUCUAAAUGUUUUCUAUUUAAAUCUAUCCAGUAAUCAAAUUAAUACAGAGGGAGCAUAUUAGAUAAGUCAAGUGUUGAGUUCUAACAAAGUUAGAUGGAUGUAUUUAGACUUGACCAAUAACAAAAUUAAAACUAAGGGAUUCAUCUCUAUUAUUUAUGCGUUGAUUGAAAACACCAGUCUAACUAGUCUGUCGGUAUCCAAAAAUCAAAUUACUGGCGAGGGUAUUUUAGUCUAUAUUUUUAAUCAUGAAUAAAUUAGGUUGCAGUACUUAGACCUUUCACAUAAUCAAUUAAGAUAUGAUUUGGUUUAUGCUUUGAUAUCAAUGAUGAAGGAAUCAAGAUUGAAAUCUUUAAUCUUAUCACAACUAUUUAACGAUGAGAAUGAAAUUCAAAGUGGUAAAUAAGAUUGCUUUGAAAUUAAAUGUACCAACUUAAAGGAAUUGGAUUUCAGUUCUAAUCCCUCAAUCAUGUUACCAAUUUUAGAAUCACUUAGUAAACAGUAUAAUAGAAUUGAAUACCUAAAUUUGAAUGCUUGUGGCUUGAAUCAAUCUAUUUUAAUUGAGAAGCUGAGUAUUCUCAUUGAAAAAACUUAUACGUUAACUACACUCUAGAUUGCUCAAAACCAUUUAGGUUCCUUAAGUCAAUAAUCCUUAGAUUUAUUUAGCAGUUCUCUAGGGAAGAAUUCAACAUUAAUGAAUUUGAAUUUAUCAAGUAAUAAAUUGAAAGAUUCAAUUUAAUAUCUAAUAAAUGGAUUGUAAAAUUGUUGUUCUUUAAGAAAUUUAAAUAUUAGCAAUAAUUUGAUUGAUGAAAAUGAAAUGAUAGCCAAGAAAUUGCCUUUAAUAUUUAAGAAUAGAAGUUUAUAAAUUGUAGACUUAUCUAGCAAUUGGAUACAUGGUAAAACUCUUUAAAAUAUAAAAUUAUGUAUACAAAAGAUGCACUCAUAAUUUCCACAAUUAAUAUUAAAUAAUCUGAAACUCACUGCAGAUGAUUUGUUAAUUUUAUCAGAUAUCAUAUCGGAUAUAUCUUCCUUCAAAGUAUUAGAUAUUAGUCUUAAUGAUUCAAUUGAUUACAUGAACAAUUUUACAGCAUUAUAGGAUCAUAAGGAAGUAAAGUCAUUGACAAUUAAUAAGAUAUAAUGUAGACUAGAAUCUUAUUAGUUUUUAUAAUAAAUAAUAAAAUAAAAUCAAAAUUCAUUAUAAGUAAUUGAAGUCUCCAAUACUCUAAUAUCAUAAAAUUACUUGCUUACAUUGCUUCAUGGAAUGAUCCAUUCUAAACACUUGAAAUCUUUCAUUCUCGAAUACUAACUCAUAGAAUCAAGAGAGAUUCUUUAAGCCUUUUCAACUUUGAUCAGAAUUAAAGUUUUAGACAAUUUGUAACAUUUAAUUAUUAAGAAAUCUACAUUAUCUUUAGAUUUUUUUGUAAUUUUGAAAUAACUACUAGAAUAGACUGAGCAACUUUAAGAAUUAGACAUAAGUGAAAAUAGAAUUAAUUAGAAAAAGUUUGAAGUUCUAUGUUAAGGAAUAUCAAUUAACAAUAGUUUAAUAACUUUGAAUCUAUCGAAUAUUAAAUUAGAUGAUUUUAAAUGUAAAUUAUUAAUAGAAUCAUUAUAUAAAAAUAGAACUAUAUAGAAUCUUGAAUUGUCGAGAAAUAACUUGACUUAAUAUAGCUAUUACAAUUUUUUUGAGGUCUUCAACAAUAAUAUCUUUUAAUUAUAAAAACUUAAAUUUUCGAAAACCAAAAAGUAAUCGCUUAUUAGAACACUUCCGGAAUACAAAUAUGAUUUCCUAAUUAAUUUUGAUUUGCCUGAAUAAUCAACGUUUCUAUUUUGCAAUUUAAUUUAACUUGAUUUAACUAGGGUUAAAUACUAAUUAACAAGUUUAAAAUAAUUAAUCAAUAGAAUUAAACCAGACUAAAUAUUUUAGAAUGUUGUAGUUGUAAUAUUUAAUGAAUGUCAAUUUGAGGAUGAGCAUUGUGAACUAUUAUUAGAAUUAUUAAUUCAUUAAAUCAAAUUAUAAGAAUUGUCUUUAGCAACAAAUAACAUUACCUCGAAAGGAUUUAAAACAUUAAUUAAUUUUAUUCUUGAAAACAAGAGUCAUUUAAAAAAGUUAGUAAUUUCAAAGUAAAAAAUUUAAUAAUUAGUUUAGCAAUUGCAUAGAUUCUUUCAUUCUCUCUAAACGACAUCUCAAAAGGCUGACACAUUUCAAUAUAUUAAUAAUUGAUAAUAAUAAGGCUUUAGGAAAUUAAGAUUUAAUUGAUUUUUUAAAAAUUAAUCCAGGAUUAUAUAUUUAUAAUACAUGGACUUAAGUGACUGAAGAGCUGGCAUUUUAGAUAAUAGAAUAAUAUAUUUAAUAUAGCGUAAAUUAUAAUAUAAAGAUAACACCAUUUUAUUUGAAAAGCUUGAUAAUAAGAGAUUCUAAUUUGACUGACAAUUUUUUGAUUUGGUUUGGUUCAAAAUACUUUCAUUUUUAAUAUUUGGAAUCUAUUGAUUUUUCUGGUAGUACUAAAUAUAGUACAAGUGUUGGGAAGAUGCAUAUGUACAUAAGUAUGAUAAAUGAAUAAUUUAUGAAUUACAAUCUUAUUGAUGGGAGGAUAGAUAAUGAGUAGAGAGUAAUUAAUAUCUUUGAUGAUGGUAUUUUAUAGUGUUCAUUAAUAAAAUUGAAGAACUAUUUUCUAAGAAAUGGGAGUAAUGGAAAAUGGAUGAUUUAAUUGAUAAACACCAAUUAAUAUUAAUAUACCGAAUUUAAGUUAAGUAGCUCCUUAUAUAGAUUUUUAAGACAAAAUAAAUUCUAAAUUAAGACAUAUUGUUUUAUUUAAUUUUUUUCAGUUCCAAUUAAGGCAAUUUUGAGCGCCAUUAUAGGAUUCUAUUUUGAACACUUAGUAGAUCCAAAAUAAGUCAACAUUAAUUGUAAAAAUAUAAAUCCCUGUUACUUCACAAACUUAAAUAUCUAUAUCAUAGGAGUCAGUAUAGCCUAUAUGAUCAUCACACUAUUUAUAUAGGGAUUGAGUUUGUAUGUUGCAAUAAAAAUCAGAGUUAAGGCUGUUCCAGACUAUUGUAUUAGAACCUUUGAAGAAAAACAAUCCUAAAUGUAUAAAUAUCCUUUACGGCAUGAGUUGAUGCUAUUUUGCAUACAGUUUUUCAUACAAACGGAUUAUUUCUUUGAAUUUGAAGUUAUUGGAUUUUGUGGUAGUUUUAUAAAAUUUUUAUAGGAACAAAACAUUUAAAAAGAAUUGCAAUUUAAGUUUUUUGUUCUUUUAUUUGCCUUAUCAUCAAUAACAAUAAUAAAGUUUAUCAUUGUUACUUACACAAAUUACAAUAACAUGUAUAAUCUAUUUAAAAACUUGGAUUCAGAUUAGGCAACAUUUUUUUCACAUAUUUGGAAGAUGAGUGAGAAGAACUAUGUCUUAGAAAGUGUAUUAAGAUAGUUUUGCCCUUAAAUUGGAAUUUAAGUCAAAAAAUAUCUAUUAAAUAGUAGAUAAAUUUCUGAACUCAUAUUAGCAUUACUAAUCUACCUUCCGUCAAUCAUCUGUAUAACAAUCUAUUUCAAUUUAUCCUCUCAAUAUUUUGAAUCAUAAUAUGAAUCCAUCAUUAUCCCAUCUGCAUACUUUAUAUUUUUGAUUGGAUAAAUAAGAGUAGUCUUUGGAUUCUUUUUUCAUUUGAAUAUUGCACUUACUUCUAGGCCUCCAUAAGUAAAUGGAUUUGAUUUGAAUCAUACCUUACUAUAAAGAAAAUAUUAGCAAUUUUAUAAAGAACAAGAUAAGUACAAAACAUAAGAUGUACCUCAAGAGACAAACCUAAUCAGUUUGGCGAAUAGUAAAAAGUGGAAAAAUGAAAAGAAGUUUUUUAUAAAAUAAAAUAAAAUUGAGUUUUGA